AUGGAAUUUACACAAUAUACAUUUAAAAACAUCUUACAUUUACUUCAUAAUUUAGUAAUUAUUUUUUUAUUUUAGGGUAAGAACUUUCUGAAUGAACCAAUGAAAUUUGAUGUUGUUGGUGAUACAGUGUUAGAAAUAAAUAUUACUAGCCUUCAACCAGACAGUUUGUACUCUGUCCAAGUUGCAGCACUGACCAGAAAGGGAGAUGGAGACAGAAGUCCUCCGGUAAAUGUUCGUACACCAGGAGGUGUACCUAGCAGGCCAGACUUAAUAUUGAAGUUUAUAGAACGGGAACCAACAGUAACGAUAGAGUUAGAAUGGUCCAGACCUUCCCAAACCUAUGGUGAAUUAAGAGGAUAUCGCUUAAGAUAUGGAGUAAAGGAUCAUUUAUUAAAAGAGGUCUCUCUUAAGGGUUCACAUAUCACAAACUACAGAAUAAAUGACCUAGAGCGAGGUGUAGAAUAUGAAUUUAGAGUAGCUGGUCAAAAUCACAUUGGAGUGGGUCAAGAGGCUAUAAAAUAUAUGCACACUCCAGAAGGUCCCCCUACUGGGCCUCCAACAAACAUUACUUACCAUUUCCAAACACCUGAUGUUGUCUGUAUUUCGUGGUCACCACCGACACGUGAACACAGAAAUGGGCAAAUAUUGAAAUAUGAUAUUCAGUUUCAAAAAAAAUCUGAUCAUAAUAAUAUAAUUGUUCGUAAUGUAACACAUACAAAGGCGGUUUUUACAAAUCUCGAAGAAAAUACCGAAUAUGUCUUUCACGUUAGGGCAUAUACUAGUCAAGGUGUUGGACCUAGUAGUGAGAAAAUUUCAAUUCAAACAGAGAGAGAUAUCGGAAGGGCUCCAAUGUCUGUUAAGGCAGUUGCAACAUCAGAUUCAAGUGUUGAGGUUUGGUGGGAAGCAGUUCGUACACGAGGAAAAGUUAUCGGUUAUAAAAUUUUUUACACAAUGACUGCAGUAGAAGAUUUAGAUGAAUGGCAACAAAAAUCUGUAGGGCUGACAGAAUCCGCGGACCUAGUUAAUUUGGAAAAGUAUGCCCAAUAUGCCAUAGCGGUUGCAGCUAAAAUGAAAAAUGGUUUAGGACGAUUAUCUGAAAAAGUAACAGUGAAAGUUAAACCUGAAGAUGUGCCACUCAAUUUGCGGGCACAUGAAGUUACUACACAUUCGAUGACAUUGUCUUGGUCACCACCAAUAAGAUUAAACCCAGUGAAAUACAAAAUAUCAUUUGAUGCUAUAAAAGAAUUUGUUGAUUCGCAGGGCAUAACUCAAACGCAAAUUAUACCUAAGGUAGAAAUUAAACUAAAUGAUGAUGUAAGAUCCCAUACUAUUAACGAAUUAUCACCAUUUACAACAUACAAUGUUAAUGUCAGCGCAAUACCGACCGAUAAUUCAUAUCGUCCACCAACAAAAAUAACUGUUACAACACAGAUGGCUGCACCUCAACCCAUGGUAAAACCAGAUUUUUACGGUGUUGUUAACGGUGAAGAGAUUCAUGUUAUUUUACCUCAAGCCUCCGAAGAAUAUGGCCCAAUUAGUCAUUACUAUUUAGUUGUAGUCCCUGAAAAUGAACUGACGGUUCAAAAAAAUCCUGAUCAAUUUCUAACAGAUGAAUUAAUUAGUAAUGUGGAGAAAAUUCCACAAAAUUCCAAUUUACCCUAUAUAGCAGCUAAAUUUCCUCAAAGGAAUAUCCCUUAUACAUAUCAUUUAGGAACAGGUGAAAGAAACGAUGGUUUUGUAAAUUAUAGACUCGAACAUGGCAAAAGAUAUAGAAUAUUCGUUCGAUCGGUUGUAGACACGCCUCAAAAACAUUUAUAUACUAGUAGUCCAUUUUCAGAAUUUUUAUCUUUAGACAUGCGUGAAGUUCCUCCAGGUGAUCCGCCUCGACGACCUGAUCCCAAUAUUCCUACAGAUAAUGAUGUUAAAGUGAGCUCACAACAAAAAGAGGCAGGCGUAUUAUUGAUUAUAGGUCCUAUUAUAUCGGCACUUCUCUUGUCAGUAAUUUUAGUAAUUUUGUUUUUAUUGCGUAAAAGAAGGCAACGCUGCAAAACGCCAGAUCAAAUGGCUGUAACGAGGCCUCUUAUUCAAGCUGAUAUAAAUAAUACCAUCGCCCCGAGUGAUCCUGUGGAAAUACGUAGAAUAAAUUUUCAAACUCCUGCUAUGAUUUCUCAUCCUCCAAUACCAAUUUUCGAAUUGGCUAAUCAUAUAGAAAGACUAAAAGCUAAUGACAAUCUAAAAUUUUCACAAGAAUAUGAGAGUAUAGAACCGGGACAACAAUUUACUUGGGAUCAUUCAAAUAUGGAGGUCAACAAACCUAAAAACCGUUACGCUAACGUUAUUGCUUACGAUCACAGCAGAGUAAUUUUGCCGAAUGAGAACGGUGUCCUAGGUUCAGAUUAUAUUAAUGCCAAUUAUUGUGAUGGGUAUCGCAAACAUAAUGCUUACGUUGCAACUCAGGGUCCUUUGCAAGAAACAUUUGCUGAUUUUUGGAGAAUGUGUUGGGAAUUAAAAUCGGCAACUAUUGUAAUGAUGACAAAAUUAGAAGAACGCACACGAAUUAAAUGUGAUCAAUAUUGGCCUACACGUGGUACUGAUUCAUAUGGGAGUAUGUCAGUUACUUUAACUGAUUUCCAGGAGUUGGCGACAUAUUGCAUUAGGACUUUUCAAAUUCAUAAAGAGGGCUACAGUGAAAGAAGAGAAAUAAGGCAGUUACAAUUUACGGCUUGGCCGGAUCAUGGGGUACCAGAUCAUCCAGCCCCUUUCUUACAGUUCCUGAGGAGAGUUCGUAAUCUAAAUCCUUCUGAUGCUGGUCCAAUUAUUGUUCAUUGUUCGGCUGGUGUAGGAAGGACAGGUUGUUUUAUUGUUAUUGAUUCGAUGUUAGAGAGGAUACGUCAUGAAAAAACAGUUGAUAUAUACGGACAUGUUACUUGUUUGCGGGCACAACGAAAUUAUAUGGUGCAGACAGAAGACCAGUAUAUAUUUAUACAUGACGCUUUGCUAGAAGCCUAUAUUUGUGGUGUAACAGAGAUUUCUGCUCGAAAUUUACAUUCACAUAUUCAAAAUUUAAUGCAAUUGCAACCAGGAGAAAAUAUAACUGGUAUGGAACAUGAAUUUAAGAAACUUGGCAAUAUUAAGACUGAUUCAACACGUUUUGUUACUGCAAAUUUGCCUUGUAAUAAGCAUAAGAAUAGAUUGGUACAUAUCUUACCUUUUGAGAGCACUAGAGUUUGUUUAACUCCAUUAAGGAAUAUUGAAGGAUCCGAUUAUAUUAAUGCAAGUUUCAUUGACGGUUAUCGGUAUCGCAAAGCUUACAUUGCCACUCAAGGUCCUAUGAUUGACACUAUGGAUGACUUAUGGAGAAUGCUUUGGGAACAUAAUUCUACAAUAAUAGUUAUGUUAACUAAAUUAAAGGAAAUGGGAAGGGAAAAAUGUCAUCAAUAUUGGCCAAGUGAGCGAUCAGUUAGAUAUCAGUGUUUUGUUGUUGAUCCUAUAGCUGAAUAUAAUAUGCCACAAUAUAUUUUACGAGAAUUUAAAGUAACAGAUGCCAGAGAUGGAUCAUCAAGAACUGUAAGACAAUUUCAGUUUACUGAUUGGCCUGAACAAGGAGUACCAAAAUCUGGAGAAGGUUUCAUUGAUUUUAUAGGUCAAGUUCAUAAAACAAAAGAACAGUUUGGACAAGACGGUCCAAUUACUGUCCAUUGCAGUGCUGGUGUCGGUAGGACUGGAGUUUUUAUAACACUGAGCAUUGUCUUAGAAAGAAUGCAAUAUGAAGGUGUAGUAGAUGUAUUUCAAACUGUUAGAGUCCUAAGAACACAAAGGACUGCCAUGGUUCAGACGGAGGAUCAGUAUCAAUUUUGUUAUCGAGCUGCCUUGGAAUAUCUUGGUUCUUUUGAUCACUAUACAAAUUGAAGAAUUUUGGCCCGUUUAACCACGAAUGGACAAUAACAGCCGUAUGUUGCGAUUACAUACUGAAAAGUGGAAUUUUUAUGUGCAUAUUGCAUAUUGUUACUGCCAAAUGGAACUGAAAAAUGUGAAACCUUGUUAGUGUAAUGACUAGUGAAUCAUAGUUAUAGUGUGCAAAUGAAUGUAAAACGUGCCUAUUUUUUGUGAACAGAAUAACCUUAUGUAAAGAAAAAAAAUCACAAUAUUUCUCUUUUUUCAAAUAACUAAUUUUUGCUAGCAUUAACAUUUAUUUUUAUU